UCUAGGUCGUAACCAGCCUUUGAAAAAGGAGAAACCAAAAUGGAAAAGCGAUUAUCCUAUGACAGAUGGACAACUACGCAGCAAGAGGGAUGAAUUUUGGGAUACUGCACCGGCUUUUGAAGGCCGUAAAGAGAUCUGGGAUGCCCUGAAGGCUGCGGCACAUGCCUUUGAGAGCAACGAUCACGAACUGGCACAAGCAAUCAUUGAUGGUGCAAACAUAACAUUACCACAUGGUGCACUCACAGAGUGCUAUGACGAGCUGGGGAGCAGGUACCAGCUUCCCGUCUACUGCUUGGCGCCACCCAUCAACAUGGUUGAGGAAAAGAGCGACAUGGAGACCCUGGACAUCCCUGAGCCAGCGCCCACCUCAGGGUACGAGUGUCAGCUGCGCCUGCGCCUCUCCACGGGCAAAGACCUGAAGCUGGCGGUGCGCAGCACAGACACAGUGUUCCACAUGAAGCGGCGGCUGCAUGCGGCCGAGGGCGUGGAGCCGGGCAGCCAGCGCUGGUUCUUCUCGGGUCGGCCCCUCACCGACAAGAUGAAGUUCGAGGAGCUGAAGAUCCCCAAGGACUACGUGGUGCAGGUGAUCGUGAGCCAGCCACUGCAGAGCCCCACACCCGUGGAGAACUGACCAGCCCUGCUGGGUCACCAGGUCUUUGGGGCCUGCUGUCACUUCUGCUCUGCAGCUGAAAUUUACUUUCACUGCUCUGAAUUCCCAAUGAAUGAACUUUGUUCUGAGGAAUUACCAGUGAAAAAUUCCAUCUGUGAUGGAGACCAACGAAAUAAUAAAACAAAGAGCCAGCCUUGAGACUCAUGUAAUUACAAGUCUAAUUUGAGAGGCAGUUAAGAAAUAGAUAACCAAUUGUUUUAAAACACUCAACAACUCUGUAAUGGCUGUAUUUAAAUGAUCUGGACUAUAAAUGGAGCAUUGCAUCCGUGAAGAACAGCACCAAGCACCUUUUGAAUAUGGAAUUUAAAAAAAAAUAUAUAUAUAUAUAUCAAAUUAUAUAAUUUCCAGAAACCAUACGUAACAGUUAUAAAAUUUAAGCUUUUUUUUAAAAAUGGAAACUGAAAAGAGCAGUAUUUGAAGCUUGCUUCUAUUCUGGUUUUUAUUCUUAGCCCGAUUACUAUUUCGCCAUAAAGGAGCAGAGACUGGCGCGUUAUGCUCUUGUGUCACCACUCUGUCCCUACAUUGCGCUCCUUACUAUAUGCGCACUCAACGUUGGUGCCUUCCAGCACGUGGGUGGCAGGCACCCUUCUCAAACACUAGGCAAUAACUUGGUACAGCCAGAUCUCUGAUAGUCAGUUCAUCCUCAGCUGAAAAGUCUCUUGUCCUCUUGCUGCAUAGGUGGUUUGAAAGAUCUAUAUAACGAGGCUUUUUUCCUACCCUGGCUGAGGUCACUGCUGUUUAAUACCUUCAUUGAUCUGCUGUGCUUGGGACUUUUCAUAGCUAACUAUGACCCAAACACCUGGUUCCUGGGCCAGGAAGCCACAAUGAAGUACAGCUGUUCCCACUACAGGAUAGUAAAAUAAUUGAUCUCUUCACUUGGCAGGGAGUGGUAAGGAGAACCCAUUCUAUCUGUGCCUAGGAGAACUGUGCCUAUUUUCAGUCUUUCAGAGACAAUUUCAACUCAAAAUGUACAAGUGUGAAAGGUUUACUGGUAUCACUUCAACAUCAGCAGUGAGACCACAUAAUGAAAUCUUGCUGUAUACCUUAGUGCUUUCCAGUUCACGUUACCUCUAGUCCAGGUGGUGACGGUUUCCCUCCUGCAUCUUUCCUAGCAAGCAAAGUAAGAACCAUGUGAAAUUAGGUUAGGGACUGAACGAUUUGGUGAGAUUACCUGAUCCUUCUGUACUAUGACUGGAGUAAAGCUGAAAAGACUUAUGUUUAACUUGGAGCCUUUCAAACGUUGUUUCCAUAAGUGACAAGGGGGCUAAUGUGACCACUGUGCCCCAAGAAUCUAUGAGAUGCAAAGGGAAAGGCAAGAAGGCACUUAGGCUGAUCUCAGUUAGGAAACAGCCCUCCAUGCCUAUUCAGAUGUGAAGCACCAUUAUUAAUUUUAAUGACAAGAUGAAACUUAAUUAGCUUAAAUGUAAUGUUUAAGAUGGUACUCAAUUUCCUAUAGCCUAUUAAAUAUAUCUGUAAUUGUAACUUACGUUUCUGAGAGCUUUAACUUCUUCCCUAUUUUUAUUUUAUUGCAAUCAUUUUAAAGAUUGCGGUUAUAUCUAAUUUAGGUUUACUGAUUAUUGAAUCCAAAUUCAAAAUAAGAUAGCAGCAUUAAUUCCAAAGGAGAAUUUUUAUGUUUAGUGGUGAAGAUAUGAGGGUAGUUCAGUAUAUUGCUCCCAUCAUCAAAAAGUUUUUGUUUAUUUGUGUCCCAGAUUGAAUAGCAGCAUCUCUCAGAAUUUGUCAACUGGAAAAGAAAAAGCCUAUUUUUUCGUAAGGAAAAUUGAUGAUGUCAUCAGUAUCUAUGACUAGGAAAAGGUCUUGUUUGUUUGUUAAGGAUUUGCGCUCUCUUUAAGAGUUUAUUUUCUUUUAAAGGAACAUACACUUUGAAUAACAAUUCUCUGGGCAUGUUUAACUAAUCUAGGUGAGGAAACCAUGGUGCUGUUUAAUUGUAAAUAGAUUGAUAGAAGAUUGGACCAAUACUUGAUGUGUAUAAUUUUAGUAUGUAGGGAUUUUGUGCUUUUUUAAAAAAAAAAGUUCAAUUUUCUCUUUGUCUUUGCCUUUAUUCUGGGUUUUUAAUUGUUAUUCUCUAUAUAAGGGAAAUCUGCCUCAUUCUAAUGAGAAGUGUGAAGGCUUUCCCCCUUUUUAAAACCUCAGCUCAAUAAAUAAGAAGUUCAUUAUCA